UAAAGAACAACAUAAAAUGACAAUUCAGCCGGUACGGGAAUGUGGACAAAAAGGCUUUUCUAAGCAGCAAUUAAAGCAGCAGUUUGGAGGUCCCGCCGCGCCCCAUUAUGAUUGACACAUACAAUGUGGUCACGGUGUUUCUACUUUGUUUGGGCCCCUCAGCUGGAGACAAACAGAACCCUUGUGUAAGUGUUGGCCCUCAGGUCUGUGCUGUCAUCAGUGAUAAAUCAUUGGGCUCGCCGUGUGUUUCUGCCCUAACGAGCAUCUCUGUGACUCUGCAGGCGGCAGAGCAGCAGGAGCAUCCUGCACAAAUGUCUGUGGGGCUGGAAAAGGUGGUGAUAGUGAUCCAGAGUCAGAGGAACUCCUACCAUGCCAAUCGUGCUCUCCAGAGAAAGAUGGAGAUUCUGCAGCAGGCAGCUGAACUUGGGAAGGGAGUUCCAGUUGUUCUUUUCCUUCAUGAACUGUCACAUUACGAAGGCGACUGGAGCAUCCUCCCUGCUCUUCCACGCCUCUCUGCUGCUUAUGGCGAGUCGGCAUCCUGGUUGUUCUUUGCAGAAGAGGAAACGAGGCUCAAGAUUCCUGCUCUGCUCCGGAUACUCAGCAGAUAUCCAGCCCAGCAGGAAUGGUUUUUGGGUAAGCGUCUCCAUGACAACGACGCCUCCAUCAUCCACCACUAUGCCUUCUCUGAAGACCCCAGUUCCUUCGGUUAUCCUGACCCGGCAGCUGGCUGGGCCCUCAGUGCACCGCUGUACCGUAGACUCGCUGAGCGGAUCCAACACGAGAAUCUCAAGUCCGAUUUUACCAUAGACCUGAAGCACGAGAUUUCUUUGUAUAUUUGGGAGGAAGGAAACGGGCCGGAGCUGACAGCAGUGCCAGAGUUCUGCACGGAGCCGAGAGACGGCUGUGCAACCACCUUCACCAGCUACCUGCCUGACUGCGGGGAUCUGGUCUCAAAGAACGACGUCUUUGUUGCAGUAAAAACUUGUCACAAAUUCCAUUCAGAGCGGGUACCAGUGGUGAAGGCCACCUGGGAGAAAGAUGCCAGCUUUAUUGAGUACUAUAGUGAUGUCACUGAUGCCUCCAUACCCACGAUCGAUCUGGGAGUGCCGAAUACCGUCAGAGGACACUGUGGCAAGACGUUUGCCAUCUUGAGGCGUUUUGUGAGUAAAACGGUGCCGAAGACUGACUGGCUGCUGAUCGUUGACGACGAUACGCUCAUCAGUUUACCUCGGCUACGGCAGCUGCUGCGUUGCUACGAUCCGACAGAAGCCGUGAUCCUGGGAGAGCGAUACGGCUACGGCCUGCUCAGGACGGGAUACAGCUACACCACCGGAGGAGGAGGGAUGGUGUUCAGCAGGACUGCGGUUUCCAGGCUGCUCUCCAGCGGCUGUAGUUGCUACAGUGACGACGCCCCUGACGACAUGGUCCUGGGCCGGUGCCUGGCGUCCGUCGGCGUGCCCAUCACACACAGCCCUCUGUUUCACCAGGCCCAGCCAGGCGACUACUCGGAGAUGCUGGCGUCCUUGCAGCAGGCCGUCUCCUUCCACAAGCACUGGGGCACAGAUCCCAUCGCCGUGUACAGACAGUGGCUGCACGAUGCUCACCCUCGAGACGAGCUGUAGAAACACUCUCAUCAAGCCGGAGCUUCAGGACCUGCGUGCUGACCUGCAGUCCCCCAUCUGAUCAUCCCAACGCUGCUUCCACCUGUCUGUGUGGAUGUCUGCUAUAUGCCUGCUGACAUCCUGCCCGAUCCUGCCAGAAGGGGGAGGGCCCUUCUGCCCAGCUGGUCUUCAGCAGGAGGAUCCCCCCUUAUGAUGCAGGUCCUGGUCCAGGUUUCUUUCCUCCUAAAGCGGAGUUUUUCUUGCCACUGUUUGGCUUAAGGUUUUUCUCCCACUAGGGAGAUCCUAGAAACAACUUCUGUUGUAAUAGACGCUAUAUAAAUCAAAUUGAAUUGAACAAAAAAUUGAAUUGAAU